AUUUUUCAAUCUUUUUCUUUUUAUAUUAACACACUGCACGAAAGUCACUGAAGAACUAAUUUUGUCAGAUCGGUGCGCUGCUCUUUAUACCGAUUCAAUGAGAAUACGAAGAGUUCCGAGCGAUAUAUUUUUCUCGCUCUUCCGAAACCCGAUUGAUCGAAAUGGCAUGUUGUUCUAUCUCCCUCUUUUCAACCCUCGGCGUUUCUGGUAUAUAAAGAGGUAGCGCAACGGGCAGCACGUUUAUUGUGUUUUUAGAGGCGCGAAGAGAACAGUGAAUUUGGAAAUUAAAAUGGCUCGUACAAAGCAGACUGCUCGUAAAUCGACUGGUGGCAAGGCGCCACGCAAACAACUGGCUACAAAGGCCGCACGGAAGAGUGCUCCAGCCACCGGAGGAGUAAAGAAGCCCCAUCGCUAUCGUCCCGGAACUGUGGCUCUCCGUGAAAUCCGUCGCUACCAGAAGAGUACCGAGUUGUUGAUCCGCAAGCUGCCAUUCCAGCGGUUGGUGCGUGAAAUAGCUCAGGACUUCAAGACAGAUUUGCGCUUCCAGAGCUCGGCUGUGAUGGCUUUGCAGGAAGCUAGCGAAGCCUAUCUGGUUGGUCUGUUUGAAGAUACCAAUUUGUGCGCCAUUCAUGCCAAGCGCGUUACUAUUAUGCCCAAAGACAUCCAGCUGGCUCGUCGUAUCCGUGGAGAGCGCGCUUAAAUUGAAUAAUUGUCAAUUGGAAGCCCA